AUGGCAUUGACAGUGUUGUUAUUUCGAACCACGGUGGCCGUCGACAGUGGAUGCGUUGCGGGUCUAAGCCCCAGUAGCCAAGGAUCAAAUCCCGGUGGAUGGGGACAUAUCUUCAAAGCUUUAGCAUUGGGGGCUAGCUUCUGUUUUGUGGGAAGGAUCCCUAUAGCGGACAAGGGUCGAAUUGGCGAUUCAGAUUCUCCGCCAAGAGCUGCAGAUUACCAUAGCAUUGGCCGGAAUAAAAAUUCCAAUCGGAAGAAGAUGCCGAACGAUCAGCGAAAUUCUAAAGUGUUAUCAUUCUGUUCUGCAGCCAAACAGGGUCCUCUCGAAGCUGAUACAUAUUUCGGCUAUACUUUUCUUCCAGGAUCGACAGGUCUCACUUUCCAUUAUGCAUCUACAGUUCUUCGAUCUUCCAUGGAAGGAUACGAGGUCAGUUCAUACAUAUCCAAUGCAUAA